AUGCCACUCACAAACCUCCCUCCGUACAACGAGCAGAACACCAAGAACUGGUUUUUACAGCUGGAAGCCAUUUUCUCGGUACGGAAAAUCACAUCACAACAAGCAAAAUUCGUCAACGUGGUACAAGUUUUGCCACCUUCAGUUGUCGACGAAGUAGCCGACAUCUUGGAACACGUACCCGAGCAGGAGCCAUAUACUCGCCUCAAGGAGGCUAUUCUGAAACGAACCGGCCGUUCGGACGAGGAACUGCUCCGGGAACUUUUUACCCACGUCACCAGGGGCGACAGAACACCCUCACAGCUUCUACGCUUCGCGAGGAGCCGACUGGGGAAACAUUCCAUGGCCGAAUCAAUCUUGCGCGAACUGUGGAUGGACAAGUUACCCACUACCAUAACGCAGAUAUUGGCACCAAUCGCUGAUAACACUCCACUGGACCAGUUAGCAAACUCCGCUGACCGCAUCGCAACUAAACUGGACCAAGGGAGAUAUACGAAUGCUCCUUUCCCGCACAUCGAGAGGCCCGAUGCCGGCGACCGGCGGUUGGCGACGGAGAGCACGGAGUACCAGCAGGGGUCGACGAGUCGACCCGGAAUUAUGCUGGUACCAUCACAGAUUCGGCACCAGGGCAAAGAAUUGCUCGGCACCCUGCAAAUACAGCUCCAAAACCAAGUCGGAAAACUAAACAGCCGGCGGGUAGGAGCGGCAGAACCUCCCGGCAAAAAACAUACGAAGCCGCCUUUUCUACGUAUGGGACCGACGGAACAACAUAAAGUUUCUAGUGGACACGGGAGCAGCUAUCAGCGUUAUACCCCCAAAGAACAGCAAGACCGAAAGGCGACCCCGUAUAAACUCCAGGCAGCAAACGGCUCGACGAUCGAGACAUAUGGAGCCAAGACACUGACUCUGAACAUCGGUAUGCGGCGCGAUUUUACAUGGACUUUCACCCAGGCAGACGUAAAAACGCCAAUACUCGGUGCAGAUUUCCUGGCCCAUUAUGAUCUAGCCGUGCACAUGAAUACGAGAACUUUAUCAGACAAUACCACGAACAUUGCUGUUAAAGGCACCCUCUCUCGACACAACACCACUGGAAUCAGUGUGACAACUUGCCACGGACGAGAGUACAUCGAGAUCCUAAACAGAUACUCGGACCUCAUUCAACCACUCGCAGGUACCGGUCCGGCAAGACACCAAACACAGCACCAUAUAAAGACCAGUGGACAGCCUACUUUUUCCCACCCACGACGACUUCCUCCUCAUAAGCUGGAAUACGCCCAAAAGGAGUUUAACAACAUGCUGCAGGACGGAUUUAUACGACCCUCCGAUAGCCCAUACGCCUCACCCCUACAUCUCGACUACCAAGCUGCGAUCCUGCGCGACACUCCACCCAAGGACGAACUGACUACACCACAGCACUGUCCGCGUCGACCCUCUCUCUCUGCAAGUACAGACAUCCAGGGAUCGACUGGACCUAGAACAUCGCUGGUUCCAUUCGGCCUACCUCCAAGCUGUCGCCUUGAGACCUGA